GUCACCUGCGUCGGGGGCUGCGCGCUCCCAGGCGACCCUGUUUGCAGCAGACAUGUCCGAAGAGGAGGCAGCUCAGGCCCCCAGCCCAUGGGAGGAGCAGGACCAGCAGAACGUGGUGCAGCGCGUGGCGGCGCUGCCCCUGGUCAGGGACACGUGUACCGCCGUCCUCGAUGCUUACAGCGCGGCCAAGGACAGGCACCCGCUGCUGGGCUCUGCCUGCCGCCUGGCCGAGCACUGUGUGUGCGGCCUGACCACGCGGGCGCUGGACCACGCCCAGCCGCUGCUCCACCACCUGCAGCCCCAGCUGGCCACAGUGAACGACCUCGCCUGCAGGGGCCUGGACAAGCUGCAGGAGAAGCUGCCCUUCCUCCAGCAGCCCUCGGACACGGUGGUGACCUCAGCCAAGGACGCGGUGGCCAGCGGUGUCACAGGCGUGGUGGGCCUGGCGCGGCGGGGCCGGCGCUGGAGCGUGGACCUGAAGCGCUCCGUGAGCCACGCCAUGGACGUGGUGCUGGAGAAGUCCGAGGAGCUGGUGGACCACUUCCUGCCCAUGACGGAGGAGGAGCUGGCGGCGCUGGCGGCUGAGGCCGAGGGCCCAGAAGUGGGCUCCGUGGAGGAUCAGAGGAAGCAGCAGGGCUACUUUGUGCGUCUGGGCUCUCUGUCCGCGCGGAUCCGCCACCUGGCGUACGAGCACUCUCUGGGGAAACUGAGGCAGAGCAAACACCGCGCCCAGGACACGCUGGCCCAGCUGCAGGAGACGCUGGAGCUGAUCGACCUCAUGCGGUGCGGGGUGGCCCCCACGGCCCCAGCCCGCCCCGGGAAGGUGCACGAGCUGUGGGGGGACUGGAGCCAGCACCCUCUGGAGAACGGCCGCCGCCGGAGCCAGGCGGAGCUGGAGACGCUGGUGCUGUCGCGCAGCCUGACCCAGGAGCUGCGCGGCACGGUGGACGCGCUGGAGGCCGGCGUGCGGGGCCUGCCCCCCAGCGCCCAGGAGAAGGUGGCCGAGGUGCGGCGCAGCGUGGACGCUCUGCAGGCCGCCUUCGCGGACGCCCGCUGCUUUGGGGACGUGCCGGCGGCCGUGCUGGCCGAGGGCCGGGGCAGCGUGGCCCGGGCGCACGCCUGCGUGGACGAGCUGCUGGAGCUCGUGCUGCAGGCCGUGCCGCUGCCCUGGCUGGUGGGGCCCUUCGCGCCCAUCCUCGUGGAGCGGCCCGAGCCCCCGCCCAACCUGGCGGCCCUCGUGGACGAGGUCGUGGGGGGCCCUGACCCCCGCUGGGCGCAUCUGGACUGGCCAGCGCAGCAGAGGGCCUGGCAGGCCCAGCACGGGGACGGGGACCUUGGUGAGGAGGAGCCCGAGCCCCCCAGCCCUCCGGCCAAGCACACCCUGAUGCCCGAGCUGGACUUCUGACCGCCGGCGCCCGCACGCCGAGGUCCCUGCUGCCCCCGCUGGCCGCGCACGAGCACCAGGCCGACGCCUUGGCCUUGCCGCGGGGGACCUCCCUUGGACACAGGGAAAGAGGCCCGGCAACAGCAGGGACUUCAGCCCAGAGCUGGGCUCUUCACUCUGUCCCGUCCCCACCCCAAGAAGCCGUUCGAAACUCUCCCAAGAAACACCCGGAAGUUUUGCCCAGUGGCUUCUAUCUGGGGCUUUGAAAAGUGAGCCCCCCUCCCCACUCCAGCUUGACUCUCUGGGACUGAGGGGUCCCCCAGAGAUGCCCGCCGUGCCAGACCCACUUCCUUUGCCUUUUAGGGUUUGUGCCCCAGAAUAAAGGUGCUUUGU